AUGUCUGACCCCGUUGUUCUGCGUAGCAUCAAGAGAUUGGGAGAGGAUAACUGUGCUUUUGACUUGCAUGGCAAAAGUAACAGCUUCAGGAAAUCAGGGAAUUUCUAUACGUAUGAAGAACCUUUUAAAGAGAAGAAAAGUGAAAAGUCAUCAGAAGAGAAAGAAAAAAAUAUUCGUGUUGGCUUCUUUCAGCUGUUUCGAUUUUCUUCACCUACGGAAAUCUUAAUGAUGGCUGUUGGUAGUUUCUGUGCUAUUGUUCAUGGAGCAGCCCAGCCAGCUGUGUUGCUUGUGUUUGGUGCAAUGGCAGACACGUUUAUUGAAUAUGACAUUGAAAUGCAAGAGCUUAAAGACCCAGGCAAGACAUGUGUAAAUCACACCAUAGUGUGGAUUAAUGGUACUAUUCAUCAGAAUGAAAAGAACACCACAAUAAGAUGUGGGCUGCUGGAUAUUGAACAAGAAAUGACCAAGUUUGCAGGUUACUAUGGAGGAAUUGGUUGUGCCAUACUUGUGUUAGGCUACCUUCAAAUCUGCUUGUGGGUGAUGGCUGCAGCUCGUCAGAUACAGAAAAUCAGGAAAGCUUAUUUCAGGAAAGUAAUGCGAAUGGAUAUAGGCUGGUUUGACUGUACAUCUGUGGGAGAGCUGAACACCCGAAUUUCUGACGAUGUUAACAAAAUCAAUGAGGCUAUUGCUGACCAAGUAGCAGUCUUUAUUCAGCGCUUAACCACCUUUGUGUGUGGUUUCCUACUGGGAUUUGUCAGUGGCUGGAAAUUGACCUUGGUUAUCAUUGCAGUCAGCCCUCUGAUUGGGUUUGGAGCAGCUGUCUAUGGAUUGGCUGUGGCAAAACUAACAGGCCGAGAAUUAAAGGCUUAUGCAAAAGCUGGAGCUGUGGCUGAUGAAGUGCUCUCAUCCAUCAGAACAGUGGCUGCUUUUGGCGGGGAGAAGAGAGAAGUUGAAAGAUAUGAUAAAAAUCUGGUGUUUGCUCAGCACUGGGGAAUUCGAAAAGGAAUAGUACUGGGAUUAUUCACUGGUUAUAUGUGGUUUAUAAUUUUCCUGAGUUAUGCAUUAGCCUUUUGGUAUGGCUCUAAACUUGUCCUUGAAGAAGAAGAGUAUUCACCUGGCACUCUUCUGCAGGUUUUCUUUGGUGUUUUAGUAGGAGCUUUAAAUCUUGGUCAGGCAUCUCCCUGUCUGGAAGCCUUUGCCACUGGCCGUGGGGCUGCAGCAAACAUUUUUGAGACAAUAGAUAAAAAACCUGCCAUUGACUGCAUGUCAGAAGAUGGCUACAAGCUGGAUAAAGUACGAGGUGAAAUUGAAUUUCAUAAUGUAACAUUCCAUUAUCCCUCCAGACCAGACGUAAAGAUUUUGGAUAACCUUAAUAUGGUUAUUAAAGCAGGGGAGACAACAGCUUUUGUUGGAGCUAGUGGAGCCGGAAAAAGUACAACGAUUCAGCUCAUCCAGCGUUUCUAUGAUGUCACUGAUGGCAUGAUUACCCUGGAUGGCCAUGACAUUCGUUCCCUUAAUAUCCAAUGGCUACGCUCACAGAUUGGUAUUGUUGAACAAGAGCCAGUGCUGUUUGCCACCACAAUUGCAGAGAACAUUCGAUAUGGUAAGGAUGAUGCUACCAUGGAAGACAUAAUCAAAGCAGCCAAACAGGCCAAUGCUUACAAUUUCAUCAUGGACUUGCCACAGCAAUUUGACACUCAUGUUGGAGAGGGUGGAAGCCAGAUGAGUGGAGGUCAAAAACAGAGGAUAGCUAUUGCUCGAGCUCUUGUGAGAAACCCGAAAAUCCUGCUACUGGAUAUGGCUACGUCAGCACUUGAUAAUGAAAGUGAAGCUACUGUCCAAGAAGCACUUCAUAAGGCUCACCUUGGCCGCACAGCCAUCUCCAUAGCUCACCGUCUGUCAGCCAUCAAAGCUGCCGAUGUCAUCAUUGGCUUUGAGCAUGGAAGGGCUGUGGAGAGAGGAACUCAUGAGGAACUCUUGAAGAGGAAAGGGGUGUAUUUCAUGUUGGUGACCUUGCAAAGCAGUGGAAACACAGCACUUAACAGAGAAGCAACAGAAACAGGAAAUAAUGUGGUUGAGCCAAAUCUUGAGAAAGUGCAGUCAUUCAGCAGAGGAAGCUAUCGGGCCAGUUUGCGGGCUUCACUUCGGCAGCGCUCCAGAUCUCAGCUCUCUAAUGUGAUCCCUGACCCUCCAUUGUCCAUUGCAAGAGAUCAUGCAGAGACUAUGACACCUUCUUAUGGAGAAGAUGAUCUACAAGCGAAAAAGGAAUCUGUUGUGGAGGAAGAUGUCAAGCCUGUAUCAUUUACCAGAAUUUUGAAAUACAAUGCCUCUGAAUGGCCAUACAUGGUACUUGGAUCUCUGGCAGCAGCUGUGAAUGGAGCAGUCAGUCCACUCUAUGCUUUGUUAUUCAGUCAGAUUCUUGGGACCUUCUCCAUUCUCGAUGAAGAAGAACAGAGAGCCCAGAUCAAUGGUGCCUGCCUGCUCUUUGUCUUUGUUGGAGUUCUUUCCUUUUUCACACAGUUUCUACAGGGUUACACGUUUGCCAAGUCUGGUGAGCUGCUUACAAGACGGUUAAGAAAAAUUGGUUUCCAGUCUAUGCUGGGGCAAGACAUUGGCUGGUUUGACGACCGGAAGAACAGCCCUGGUGCUUUGACUACAAGACUUGCAACAGAUGCCUCACAGGUCCAAGGGGCAACUGGAUCGCAGAUAGGAAUGAUUGUCAAUUCUUUCACCAACAUUGGGGUGGCCUUGAUCAUUGCUUUCAUCUUCAGCUGGAAGCUGAGUUUAGUUAUACUGUGUUUCCUGCCAUUUUUGGCCUUAUCUGGAGCUGCGCAGGCUAAAAUGCUGACAGGAUUUGCUGCUCAGGACAAGAAAGCACUGGAAGCUACUGGACGGAUUUCCAGUGAAGCCCUCUCUAACAUCAGGACUGUAGCUGGGAUAGGCAAAGAGAAAAUGUUUGUCAACAAUUAUGAGAAGAACCUGGUUAUGCCCUACCGAGCUGCCGUCAAAAAAGCGCACGUUUAUGGACUCUGCUUUGGCUUUGCCCAGAGCAUCGUGUUCAUUGCCAACGCUGUCUCCUACAGAUACGGAGGGUUUCUAGUUGACACUGAAGGACUCCAUUACAGUUUUGUGUUCAGGGUGAUCUCUGCUAUCGUGACCAGUGGAACUGCUUUAGGAAGAGCUUCUUCCUAUACCCCAAACUAUGCCAAAGCCAAAACAUCUGCUGCACGCCUUUUCCAGCUGGUUGAUCGGCUUCCUAAAAUCAGUGUUUAUAGUGAAAAAGGGGAAAAAUGGGAUGAUUUCAAGGGAAGCAUUGAAUUUCUUAACUGUAAAUUCACAUACCCUUCUCGGCCUGAUACUCAGGUCCUGAAAGGACUCUCUGUAGCUGUUAAGCCUGGACAGACAUUGGCAUUUGUUGGAAGUAGUGGCUGUGGUAAAAGCACCAGUGUCCAGCUUCUGGAGCGGUUCUAUGACCCAGAGAAAGGACGUGUGUUAAUAGAUGGACACGACACCACGAAAAUAAAUGUGCAGUUUCUUCGAUCAAAAAUUGGAAUCGUGUCCCAGGAGCCUGUGCUGUUUGACUGCAGCAUUGCUGACAAUAUCAAAUAUGGCAGUACCGCCAAAGAAGUGACGAUGGAAAAAGUCAUAGAAGCGGCCCAGAAGGCUCAGCUGCAUGACUUUGUCAUGUCACUGCCUAAUAAAUACGAAACUAAUGUUGGGGCUCAAGGAUCCCAGCUGUCUCGUGGGCAAAAACAACGCAUUGCUAUAGCGAGGGCCAUCAUACGAGAUCCUAAGAUUUUACUACUGGAUGAAGCCACAUCUGCCUUGGACACAGAAAGUGAAAAGACUGUGCAGGAGGCACUGGAUAAGGCCAGAGAAGGGCGUACCUGCAUUGUCAUUGCCCACCGCCUGUCCACGAUCCAGAAUGCUGACAUCAUUGCUGUCAUGUCACAAGGAGCCGUCAUUGAAAGAGGCACUCACGAUGAACUGAUGGCCAUGCAAGGAGCUUACUACAAGCUUGUUACCACUGGAGCCCCAAUUAGCUAA